GUAACUUGGCUGAAAAAUAGUUUUUCAGAGGCGGGGGUAUGGUCUGGCCAGAGCAUUUUUGAAUUCUAGCGCCAAAUCCCAGACUACAGUUCUGCCCGUAGCAGGCUUGUGCGCUAGUGUCGAUUGUCCAGCUGUUUGGUUUGUCGAGGAGAAAAAAGCCCGAGUCAUUCUAGUUCAGUCGUUGUUCUUGAUUUAUCAGCCCGUCGUCUUGUGCAAGAGCAAAUUUGUAUUUUGUCAUGUAAUUUCCAUCGGAAAUUUCUAGUAAUUGAUUGUUUAAGUGUCGUGUGUGUGAAUUAUAAAUAUAACAGCGUAAAUAGUGUUAAAUUGAAUUAAUUUGCAUCAGUUUUGAAUUUAUAAAGAAUCAGUUUGAGCUUCGUUCAAACAUAGUACAGAACCAGCCUGCAAGUUGAACGUGAAAAAACAGCCUGGAAGCAAAAACCUAUCUUUUUCCCAGAUUUCUUCCCACCUCAAAUAUGACCAAAACACCUAAUAAAGGCUUCGAAGGGCAAGUAGACAAAAUUGGAUUAAAUCUGUUGCCAAGGUCUCUGAUCGAGCCAAUCCUUUAUUCGGCGCUCACCUUCUACAUAGCUGGUCUGUUUGGAGGAGUAGUGGCUAGUGGCUUGCAUCCAGUUCUGUAUACCAGUCAUAUCAUGUGCUAUCACCGCCACAGCUUAUGCCUGCAGGAGGAAGUAGACGCGCGUCUGCAGCCGCUCUUUUGUUGUCUGCUUGCUGUGCGCAUGCGCUGUUCGUUGAGCGCACCUUCGCCUCUCCGCUCUUCCAUCUAGUGUUCGUCAACUUGGCCUCCAAUCUGCUGCUAUUUAGCCCCGCCGCCGAUCAUUCGGUCUUUGGAGAGUACAGCAAACUCGAGUUGGAACUCGUUUGAAACUAUAGUACAAACUCUAAAGCCUGGUUUUCACUAGUAGAGUUAGUGGUCGAGUUACUGGCAUACCAACUCUACCGAGCUAACUCAACUCUUCUUACUUGGUCGAGUAGGUAAAGUGUGUUGUCUAGUGCACAGAACUAACCUUAAAAUGUCAAUACGGAACAUUCAUUAUUGCCGUUUAGCCACACCAGUUUUACAAAAAGCAUUGAAAUAUGCUUAAACUGAUAGUUUUUAAACAUUAUUGAUAUGUUCUUAAACUUGAUAGCCUAUGGCACGACUCUUCUCUACUAGUUCGAGACUGUUUUGAUUAGCAUGGUAGUGGUAGAGUAGAGUUAGAAGAGAAGCGGUGGUGGGGGAAGGCAAGUGGUAGAGUACUAUCCCACUCUCCUCUACUAAAAUCUAGUACUCUACCAUCAAUGUUUACAUUGGGAGAGCUUUCAAGAUAGUAGUCGUCUUAUCAAGAAGGCCUUAUUCAUGUGUUCAACAAUACAAAAUCCAUCUCACGUUCUAUAGUGAGGUCCACGUCAUAAUGGCAGUGGAGAAAGAUAGGAGAACAACGUUGCCGAACCUGUAUUGUCAAUGCCUUCUAUAGACCUUAGCUAAUACAGGUUUAUUAAUGUAAUAUUAACCGUUCAUUCUUGUUUAGAAUAAUCAAUUAUAUUCUAUUAAGCAUUAAAUUUUAUUUUAGAAUAAUUUCAUAAUGAAUUUUCAUAAAUAAGAUGAAAUAUUUUGUCAAUUAUUAAUUCUACAUUGUUAAAAGACGGUCUGGCAACAGAGCAAAAAAAGAAAGGGAUCAGCUUUGUUGAAUGAUAGACAAGGUUAGCAAUACCAUUGCUAAUCAAACACUGCCAUUAUAACGUGGACCUCACUAAGAAUAGAAUACAAUGAUGAAUCAUCAUAUCAAUCUACAAACUGAAGAGUUUUACAAUAAUUUCGAGCAGAGAAGUGAUGAAAUAUGCGAAAGUUGAGUUAUUACUGUAAUAUUUUCACAUGAAACGGUGAAGUUUGGGCCUUCAGUUGUCCAUUCUCAAAAAGGGUAUUGAGGAUUUUUACACUUGACCGUAGAGGAAAACAGUGUUGCCGAUUCUCCACCUUGCCACUGCCUUACAUACCGGUAUAUCCGCACUGAUACUUCCAUAGCUGAUACUGGUAUAUCUAAAGUGAUAUCAACUAUUCAUUCUUGUUCAUAAUAAUCACUAAUAUUUUAUUCGUCAAGAAUAUAUUUUUUAUAUAUAUUUUUUAAUAAUAAAUUUGUAUGAUUGAG